CUCAUAUAUCUUUAUUACUAUUUCGUCAGAUCCAAAGCAUAGUGUCACUGUGUCACACAACACAACAGAGAACACCACACACAACAAAGUGAAGAAACAAUGGCAAUGUCUGUGUUUCUCAACUUCCUAUUCCCACCCCCACCUUCACUUUUCGUCACCGCCAUGUCAGUUAUAACCGUUGUUUCACUCGCAAAAGCAGGUUUCAAUGAAGUUAAAGGGGAGCAUUUAAAUUAUUCAAAAUUCUGGAAUGUUAAUAAUGCCAUUGCUAAAAAACAGAUGAAGAAAUUAUCAAGUAGAAAUGGUAUGUUGCUAUUGUAUACUCCUGCUUUUCUUGCUGGUGCGGCGUCGUUUUUGGUUUUUCCUAAUGAAAGUUUUAGAUCUAUUAUUCUUCAAGGUGCUGUUACGGUUCAUUUCUUCAAGAGACUUUUUGAGGUUCUGUUUGUCCACAAAUAUAGUGGUUCUAUGGCUCUUGAUUCUGCAAUUCCAAUUACUCUGAGUUAUUUUAUUUCUUCUGCUACUAUCAUCUAUGCUCAACACCUUACAUUGGAGUUUCCAGAACCACCAAUCGAUCUGUUAUAUCCCGGAAUCGUGUUGUUUCUUGUAGGUAUCAUCGGUAACUUCUACCAUCAUUACCUUUUAUCCAAAUUGAGAGGAAAAGGUGAAAAGGAAUACAAAAUUCCUAAAGGUGGCUUAUUUGGUUAUGUGAUCUGUCCACAUUAUCUAUUUGAGAUUAUCGAGUUUUAUGGAUUUUCAUUCAUUUCUCAGACAUUGUAUGGAUUCAGUUUUGCAUUAGGCACUACUUUUUACUUGUUGGGUAGGAGUUAUGCAACUAGGAGAUGGUAUCUCUCUAAGUUUGAAGAUUUUCCUAAGAAUGUUAAAGCUAUCAUCCCAUUUUUCUUCUAAAUAUAGCAAGGUAUUGCUAGAUAUUUAACACAAUUGUGUUUUGAUGCAAUUCAAAUAUAAAAGAUAGCUAUUAUAUUAUUAAGUGAUUAUGUUCAUAGUUGUUAGUAAGUGAUUAUGUGGUGCCAAUAUAUGUUAAGUAAAGGCAGUUAAUUCUGUUGUUAGUAAGUGAUUAUGUUGUUAGUUGAUAUUGUUAGAAGUGAUUAUGUGCCAAUAUAAAUUGACAAUAUGUAUAAGAGGUUAAUACAUUUAGAAUAAAAUUUCAUUUUCAACUUUCUUUUGUCUCA